CUCCCUUUCUCAUCACCAUCUCGAUCAUACAAAAGAUAUAACAAAGAUGGCUUCAAGACAAUCACAGCUUCUGAGAGCUGCUAUUCGUGGGAAUGGUAGGAAUAUACUGCCACAGCAAAAGAUAUGUACAAGGUCUGUCGGCUCAUUCACAGCAGGCAAAGGAGCUGAUGCAACGAGCAGGCUAGGUCGCUCACUUUGGCCAAACUAUGGCAGAGAGAUCCAUACCAGUUCAAAAGCAUUGAGAGACGAACGCGAUCCUGGUGGAAAACCAAUCCCUACCGAUGGAAGUUACAGAACGGUAUACGACGACUUUAACAAUAUCACAGCAUCUGAUGAUCCACAACUUUCUGUUCGAAGUAUGGGAGAUUCAAACUUUACACUUUCAGACGGUCUCGUAUGCAGAACUCCAAUCAUAAUGAUUCAAAAGCAAGUCAUGUUAUGGGAUGCACCACUUUUAUCGCAUGAUAAAGAUGCAAAAGCGAUUGUUAUGCCAUCAGGUGUUGGAUGGGAAGAUUGGAAUGAUGAUGUUUGGCGUGUAUUUGAACUUGCUCAACCAAGACCCGAGAUUAUCAUCUUUGGAACGGGAAAGACUGUCUUACCACCACCACUCAAAAUUCGUAAAUACUUAAACAGUCUUGGAAUUCAAAUCGAAGCUCAUGAUACGCGAAACGCUUGUUCAACGUACAAUUUGCUCAAUGAAGAACAGAGAAUGGUUGCUGCCGCUUUGCUACCAAAUGUCAGACAGCCAACAAAGCGUAUUAAAACAUCCGAACAACCUUAAAUCAAACGAGGGCUCCCGGAAGUAUAAUCGUGAUCAAUCAUGAACGAUAUAUAUAUAUAUGUAUGUAACAGUAUGCUUUAUAGAAAAGAGUUGAUUUGAUGCGAUAAAAGUUAUCUCGAC